AUGCAUCAAAGCUGGACUCCUCCUCAGAACUACAGGAAUAGACCUGUCGUCAUUCUUGGUGCCGGAGUAUUGGGAAGACGGAUAGGAUGUAUCUGGGCUUCUGCAGGUUUUGAUGUGCGCUUACGGGAUCCAAGUAUCCAGCAGCGCGAGGAUGGUUUAGCAUACAUCCAAGAAAAUGUCGCAUUAUAUGCUAAGGAAACUGGAGAUCGAAUCGGAACAGCACAGGCCUUCGAAAAAAUGGAAGAAGCUUUGGCUGACGCUUGGCUUGUGAUCGAGGCUGUCCCUGAAAAGAUUCAGCUCAAAAUAGAUACAUUCGCGCAGCUCGACAUGCAGGCUCCAAAUGACUGUAUUUUGGCCUCCAAUUCUUCGUCCUACAGAUCUUCGGAGAUGCUGGAACAAGUAUCGGAAUCUGCCAAAAAGCGGAUCUUGAAUAUGCACUAUUACAUGCCGCCUCAGUGCAUGGUCGUGGAACUCAUGACUGACGGCCAUACCGAAGAAGAAAUCUUCCCUUUCUUGGUCGAACGCUGCAAGGAAGGAAACACAUUGCCUUUUAUUGCCAGAAAGGAGUCCACUGGUUUCAUAUUCAAUCGUCUUUGGGCAGCUGUCAAAAGGGAGACCCUCUCCAUACUGGCAGAAGGAGUUUCGGUGCCAGAAGAAAUUGACACCCUGUGGACCGAGAUGUUUGUCAAGGGACGUUCGACUCCCUGUAAAAUGAUGGAUCAGGUUGGUCUGGAUACGGUCGCGUUUAUUGAAUCCCAUUAUGUCCAAGAACGUGGCAUUUCGUCAGAGAACACUGUCGACUAUCUGAAUGAAAACUACAUCAAACACGGCAAAUUGGGCACCAAGAGCUCCCAGGGCGGAUUAUAUGCUCCAGUCAAAUCCCAGACCACUGAUGGUCCUGAAAAGCCCCCUAUUAUCGUUUUGGACCUUGGCUUGUCUGCGGCUUCACCAACAAUGACAUCUGGCUCUGUUCUUGAACUCUCUAGGGACGGGAAACAGAUGAAAACACUGGUGGAGAACCAGUCACUGCCUGAUGGUGUAGCCGUUGACCCGCACACCAGUAAAAUAUUCUGGACAAACAUGGGAAUUCCCGGGAAAAAUGACGGAAGCGUGAUUUCCUUUGAUCGUCAGGAAAACAUCACGAAAGAGCUAUUGCCCAAAGGUUCGAUCAACACACCAAAGCAACUAGCACUUGACACAGUCGCGAACAAGAUCUAUUUCUGUGACCGAGAAGGGCUUUCCGUUUAUCGCUGCAAUUUCGACGGCAGUCAGCUGGAAAAGAUUGUGCAAGCCGGAAACCCAAACAACCCCAAGGAGGCUGCGGAUAAUAGGAAUUGGUGUGUUGGUAUCACAGUUGCACCGAAACUGGGAAAGUUCUACUGGACGCAGAAAGGCCCGUCUAAAAGCGGCCAAGGUCGCAUUUUCUGUGCGAAUAUUUUGCUGCCGGCAGACCAGUCUCUUGGUUCAAGAACUGAUGUUGAAUGCAUCGUUGAUGGUCUUCCGGAACCUAUUGAUCUCGAGGUCGAUGAGGAGUCCUGUUUGUUAUAUUGGACUGAUCGUGGCGAGAUUCCUUAUGGCAACUCGCUAAAUCGACUACAGCUCAAUAAACCCGGCAGUGGGCUUGGAGCCUCCACCGGCGAUACCCACAAGGUUCUGACCCGCCAUUUCAACGAAGCGAUUGGGCUGAAGCUUGAUACCAAGAACAACACGAUCUACGUGACGGAUCUUGGUGGUAAUAUCUAUCAUUGUGACUUGAACGGAGACAACAAAUCGGUCCUCUAUUCCGAUGAGCUCCGAGCAUUUACUGGAAUUGCGCUUUUUUAG